CCCUAUGCGCUACGAACUCGUCCUUAUCAGCUUAUUGCCGAUUCGUGUAUGGAAAACGGUUCUUCUCUAGGUAUAGUGUUGGACAAAGGAGAACAGAUGGGGCUUCAAGUAUUGGAGACGAAGAUGUGAAGGGACAACUUAUGACCAAAGCUCUUUUAUCUAUAUUAAAGCACCGCACUAUCGACAAAGCGGUGGAACGCUGUGAGUUGUCUAUUGUAGAGGGUGCAGCACCCGACGAAGAACAAGGUGGUAUAGAGGACGAUCAUGACACAUUGGAAAGCAAGUUGAUAGUUCGUUUACACUGCAAGCAUGGAGUUGUUAAAACACAUCGUUUACUCCUACAGACUCCAACAUCAUUAUUGUCCCCUGGUAGCCCAGACCCUGCAACUGAAUCUCGUCUGACAAUCGGACCCAGAGCGAUCAGAGAUAUCACAGAGCAUUU